AUGCCUUCUUGGACUUCCAACAACGAUGAUAAGAUGAGCAGCUGGCGGGACCAGCUCUCGCCCCGAAACCUGAGUUUUCGGGGCUUUAGAAGAGCUUCGGAGUCUGUCGCAAAAACAACCCCUUCAACCAGUAAAGAUUUCACCAUGUUGCACUAUCCGGACCGACGUGCGAGGAGGAUCACUGAGGCCGAUAUUCCCAGCGACGAAGAGUGUAAAAAGUCUCUUAUUAAUAUGAGAAAGGCUUCUUUCGUGGAGCAAAUACACCGAAGACACGAAUUUCAGCAUCAGAAACAGUUAUCUCCUGUGCGAGAACCGGCGCAAGAGGAGCUUUCAGCAUUGAGACCGCCUCAGCAUGAUCUAUCUCGAAUAAUACAGCCACAACCACAACCACCAACAGAACAGCCUCGGACAGUUCAACCACAGACCGCGCAGCCUCGAAUAAUACAGGCACCAGAAGAACAACCACGACUAGAGCAUCCUCGAGCACAGCAGCCGUCGCGAUUAACUUUUGGGCCGUUUAAUGGACAGUUCCGGUCUGCCUUUGGACCACUUACACCCGCUGAAGAGGAGCCAUGCCCGUUAGAAAAGAUCGACACCAUUGAGUCUACAGCAACAGCAACACCGCAAGUUCCCCAACCUUCUGUGGACAUUCGAAAAAGCCUCUUAGUUGUUGAUGAUUUAAAUAUUGCAAGAGAGCCCUCGCCUUCUGCAGUCAUCAGCGAAGCCAAGACCAUUAAACUCGAACGAGUAGACAACCACGUUACACCCGGCGUCUCGCCAAUCUCAUCACCACGACCAAGCGAUGCUUCGGCAUCAGGAAGGCCUAGACGAAAACAAUCAGUUCAAAUGGUCGCUAUUCGUCGAUCAUCGCAAGAUUCUCAGAAGCGCAAGCAGUCUGUUCACACAGUCGUUGUGCGACGGCCUUCCAAGCCAACAGCAGAUGCCCUCAACUCCCAUCCUGUCCACGCAUCUUCUACACAAGUCCAUGUUCGACAAGACAGUGCUUCGGACCCAAUGUGUCGGGUGUGUCACAAUGGAGUCGCUGAGACGUCUGGGACUUGUUCAAGCUGUGAAAAUGACUCCAUCACGGCCACGCCGGUCGAAAUCAGUCCCAACUUCUCUCGGCUUCAUCACAAACCAACUGUCAAGAAGUACAACCGUCCACCUCCUCUGAUUCCUCAGUCUCUGGACGGUAUCGCCAAGCUUCAUCGCCCCUCUGCUUCUCUCACCUCUGAUCCCGAAGCGAAUUCACUGUCACCACCGGCUUCGCCAACAUCGCAUUGCAGCAGUCCGGCUGAGACCGUCAAGACAGUGGCGACGGGUCCUUCGGUUCCUCCGACCCCAAAGUCGGCCCUCUCGACGCCUGAAGUAUUCAAGCGCUUUCAAGAAGAGGUUGAAUCAAGAGCCAAGGCAGAUGAUAGUCCUUCAUUCGAUGAUCCAUGGAUGAUCAAGUCCAAGACUCCCGAGGAUGAUGUCUACGAAGAUGAUUGGGCGGAUUAUUACUUUGAUGAGCAAAAUUUCAACGACGACAAAGUCACUAAUGGGCCGGUGCCUGGUGCCAACUUUGUUCCGAGUCCUGUCAAUCCAGGUCCUGGGUGGAUAUAA